AUGGGGAAUGCAGUUGCAAAACCCCAACAAAACCCUCAUCAAGAUCCACAGAACCAACAACAAGAAGAAGAAAACCAAGACGCAACGUUCACUUGCGAGAUUUGCAUUGAACCCGUCAGCCUCCCCAACAUCAAAUUCAACAACAACAAUCUUUGCGCUCAUCCUUUUUGCGCCGAUUGUAUCAUCAAAUACAUACAAGUGAAACUCGAUGAAAACGUGUCUGACAUCAAAUGCCCUGCCAUGACCUGCCAACACUCUCUCGAACCCUUAUCAUGCCGUCCCAAACUCACGCCUCAAGCGUUUGAAAAAUGGUGCGACGUGUUAUGUGAAUCGAGUGUGUUAAGGGUAAAAGAUAGGGUUUACUGCCCAAACAUUGAUUGCAGGGAGUUGAUAUUGAAUGAGUGUGGGGAUACAAAUCUAAGGAGAUGUGUUUGUGCGUAUUGCAAAAAGCCUUAUUGUUUACGGUGCAAGGCUCCAUGGCAUGAUGAUAAUUCUGCUUGUGUGAAGGAUGAAAACGACAUCGCUUUUGAGCUUCUUUUGAAACGAAAAAGAUGGCAACGGUGUGCGGUGUGUAAACGUUGCAUUCAGCGCAGCUAUGGUUGCAAUCAAGUCGAAUGCAAAUGUGGAAACAAGUUUUGCUACCUGUGCGGAAAACAAAAUUGCACGUGCGGGUUUAUACUUUCUGAUCGUUUAUUUUAUUUUACAUUAUUUGUUGUAAUAGGAGUACCUCUAAUCUUGAUAUUCUCGUUUGUAAGGGAAUAA